AUGGGCUCGGCUCCCGCGGGCUCGGCGCGCGCGCGCUACCUCGUGUUCUUCCAGUACGUGGGCACCGCCUUCAGCGGGGUCGCCGCCGUCAGGGGCGCCCAGCGCGCCGUCGCCGUCGGGGUCCAGAACUUCCUCGAGGAGGCUGCGGAGCGGCUGGGCUCGGUCGUGCCGGUCAAGGUCACCGUCUCCAGCCGAACGGACGCCGGGGUCCACGCGCUGAGCAACGCGGCGCACCUGGACGUCCAGCGCCGCCCGGGCCGGCCGCCCUUCUCCCCGGAAGCCCUGGCGCGCGCCCUCAACACCCACCUGACACACCCGGCCAUCCGGGUCCUGCAGGCCUUCCGCGUGCCCAGCGACUUCCAUGCGCGCUACGCAGCCACGUCUCGGAGCUACCUGUACCGCCUGGCCACUGGCUGUGCCCGGCCUGACCAGAUGCCCGUAUUCGAGAGAGACCGGUGCUGGGCGCUCCGGACCGACUGCUUGGAUGUGGCCGCCAUGCAGGAGGCUGCCCAGCAUCUCCUGGGCACGCACGACUUCAGCGCCUUCCAGUCAGCCGGCAGCCCCACCCCCAGCCCAGUGCGCACACUGCGGAGAGCCUGUGUGUCCCCCCACCCGGCCAGCCCCUUCGCCCUUCCCCAGGAGAGCAGCCUGCGCUUCUGGACCGUGGAGUUUGAGAGCCAGUCCUUCCUGUACAGACAGGUGCGGAGGAUGACGGCUGUGCUGGUGGCUGUGGGGCUGGGGGCUCUGACGCCCGCUCAGGUGAAGGCCAUUCUGGAAAGCCGGGACCCGCUGGGCAGGUACCAGAGCCGUGUGGCUCCGGCCUGCGGCCUGUUCCUGAAGUCGGUGCAGUACGGAGGCCUGGAUGGCGGAAGCCCAGCCUGUGCCCGUGGGGAAGGCCAGGCCCCAGGGAGCAGGGAGGCCCCAAGCGGAUAACUGGAGACCAUGUCCCGAGGUGACCAGUCAGCCAAGGUCCUGCCCCUGGGGCCAGCGGGAGCAGCUCCCCGUGAGGCAGGGAUGAAGGGGAUGGCGACUCUUGCUCACGGCCCACCAGCAGGAACUGCCUCCCCAGUGACCCGGGGGGCCUCCUGCACCUGUGCGCCGGCCCCCCGCAGCAGCACGCACGCACAACACAGGAGGGAGACUGGGGCCGGCGCUUCUGGCUGUGCUUUACUGGAAUGUCCUGGGGGUCCAGGAAGAGAAAUAAAAGGUCCAAAGCCCACAGGUCUGUUCAGCCCCCAGGCUGGCCGGCGACACGCGAGUAGGCACUUGACACGGUGGACAUCCCAGGCAGUGAAGGGACGGCUGGGGCAGGCGUGGGCCGGGGGCAGAGAUGGGUCCUCCGGUGGCACAGGGCGGCUCAGGGCAGCCCAGGUGGUGGCUUCAGCUGGGG